AAAAAUGACAUGCAAGUUGAUGCUACUUCUUGUUUUGGGAGUUCUAGUGCAAACUUCCUCUGCAAGGAAGCUUCUUGAGAAUCCAUUACUACCCAAUUUCCUUAACUUCAACGGUGGAUUUGACCAAAUUUUAGGAGGUCUUAGCGGCGGCGGUGGCGGCGGUGGCGGCGGUGGAGGAGGUGGCGGUGGAGGAGGAGGUAGUAAUGGCGGAUUUGGUUCUGGCUUUGGAUAUGGCGAGGGUUAUGGAUCCGGUGCAAACGGCAAUGGCGGAGGUGGUGGAGGCGGCGGAGGUGGUGGUGGCGGCGGCGGUCAAAAUGGUGGUAGUGGAUUUGGUUUCGGACAAGGAUGGGGCCAUGGUGGUGGUGGAUUUUGAAUAAAUAUACCAACAUUUGCUCAAAUAAUUUUUUUAUGUAAUAAGUGAAAAGCAAAUAAUUUGCUAUUAGGACUUUCUUUCCUAAUCCCUAACUAUGGCUAGUGG